UCAGAUUUCCUCCCUCAAGGAAAACCUAGCAGUCGCUGAUCUCUUCUUCUCCAUUCCCUCCAACCCGCCAGACCCCUCUUCCUUCUAUCAUCUCACUCACUCUUCUCCUACAGAUUCUUGCACUCAUGCAAGUGCCAAAGAAAAAAAGAGCACUCUCUAAUUUAGAACACUGAAAUUCCACAAAAGAAGAAGAGAACAUAAAAAAAAAGGGAGGAUAGAAAGGAUAUUUCUGAAUUGAUUGAGUUUGCAGCAGUUUAUCUCCAUGUUUCUGGUUUUCUAAACAUUUUGGAUCAAAAGGUGCUGCUGAUUUUUGCUGUUCUCUGCAUAGUUGGACUCCAAUUCGCUAUUCCAGCCUUUAUUAGCUUAUAAAGAGCCGGCUAAAACCCUAAUUUGUAAACCCCAUUGAGUGCAUAAACCCUUUGGAUCAUCUGCCCUUUUGGUUUUCCAUAUUUCCAUAUUUGCAUGGAGCACCAAUGAGCAAGAAUAGGCGGUGAACAUCAGGAGGACACAUCAGCGACGAUGCAGAAGAAAAAACGUAAAGAAGUUGCUCUCUAUGGUAAUUACAGAAACUACUAUGGCUAUAGAAUUGGUCAGGAUUUGGAAGAAGAUCCAAGGUUAAAAGCUAUGAAGAAGGAGUGGUUUGAAGGCAAGGAUUGUCUUGAUAUUGGCUGUAAUAGUGGAGUGAUCACAAUCGCCAUUGCACAAAAGUUUAGCUGCCGAAGCAUCCUUGGAAUUGACAUUGAUGGUGCAAGAGUUAAUGAUGCCUAUUGGACUCUCAGGAGAAAAGUGAAGAGUAUUAGAACAGUGCCUGCAGGGGGUGACAAAUUAGCAGAAUCAAAUACUGUAAAUUAUUUAAAAGACCCUGUGGCAGAGUCACUUAAUAAAAGGGCAAAGAAUGAUUGUACAUCACCUCAUCAUUUGCAAGAGGGAGGUUUUUUUGACAUAGUCUCCUUCAAGAAAGGUGAUUUUAUUCAGAAUUUGCAUCCAAGAGACAAUACAUCUUAUGAUACAAUUAUUUGCUUAAGCGUGUCAAAGUGGGUGCAUUUAAACUGGGGAGAUGAGGGACUAAUAACUUUGUUUUCUAAAGUCUGGAGGCUCCUUUCACCGGGUGGUGUCUUUAUUUUGGAGCCUCAGCCUUGGAAAUCAUACUACGAUAAUCGUCUUGUAUCUGAGACAACAAGAAUUAAUUAUCAAAAUAUUAAGAUCCGUCCAGAAGAUUUUCAAGACAUACUUUUGGACAAGAUUGGAUUUAGAAUGGUAGAGGACAUAACAUCUAGUGUAUCUGGUUGCAAAACUGGCUUUAAAAGACCUAUUUUGGCAUUCUGGAAGUGAUGUAUUAAGUUAUGAAAUUGCUUUUUGUUAGACUGAAAAUUAGUGUUGUAUAUAUGUGGAUUCCAGUAGGGAGCUAUUAACAUGCUUAAAACAAGUUUGGAAUUGGCUCUACAUCUUAUUCUCAUCCAGAAGCGUAAGAGUUUGGACAAACUGUCUAGAAGCUUUCUUAUUCUAUGUCUAAUCUUUCAAAAUAACAAUUAUUCGCGUAA